CUGUUUGACGCUUCUGCAAUGUCAUCUAGUAUAUUGUUCGGGGAGAACAUUUUAAACGGAAUUUGAGAAAACACUUCUUUACUCAGCGUGCAGUAAGAGUAUGGAAUAGUCUUCCUGCUAGUGUAGCGCAAGCUAAAACCCUGGGUUCCUUUAAAUCAGAGCUGGAUAAGAGUUUAAGAACUCUUUAAGAACUUGAGCUAUUAGUUAAGUUCUCCACAAACGAGCUUUAUGGGUCGAGUGGCCUCCUGUCGUUUGUAAAUUUCUUAUGUUCGUAUCACAAUUUUAUGUAUUUCGACAUUUAAAAAUAACAGGAAGGUUGUUAUAAUUUAUUAUUAAAAUAACAAUUACAAAAUGAACGUCGUUCGAUUAUUCAACCUUGGAGCUGUUUUGUAUCACGUGAUAUUUGCAGCCAAUGAGGAUACUGGUGUUAAUGUGGAAACAUGGCAGCGUUCAUCAGAAGCGUGGGUCGGCAGCUUAUAUGUAUUGAACCUAGAGCGAUUUUGUUAGCAAAGGAAAAUACGGUAGUAGACAUUAAGAGGCAUGUACGCGCUCUCAAGCGCAGGCCUGUCCGAGUGCUGUACCCGGAGGAUAAGGCUGGAAAGGCACCCAAACCAACACCGGCCAAACCUGUGGUUGAACACCAUCGGACUUCUGGCGGCCAGAAGGACACGGCGAAUGCGUCAAAAACAAACCUCAAAACGGCAGUUCAGAAAAACCUGGAUCCGAACUUCAUAAGUAAAAAUUCGGAUCGUCAUGCAGCAGCAAAAGUGUGUGAUACAUCUUCAGAUUUGCUGGAUGGAUUGCGGUACGAAAAGGCAUUCGCCGGUGACAAGAGAUUAGCGAGGGCGGUAAGCAUCGCUCGCUCCAGGAAGUACCGGGAGCAGCAGGGGAAGGUGCUGCUGGAGGGGCGGCGGCUGAUCUGUGACGCGCUGCGGGCCGGCGCCCUCCCUCAGACGCUCUUCUUCAGCAGCGUGGAGCAGCUGCGGGAGCUGCCUCUGGACAGACUGCGGCGAGCCAGCCUGGUCAAGGUGACGGGGGGGGACAUCCAGACGUGGUCAGACCUUGUUACUCCCCAGGGAGUGAUCGCUAUAUUCUCGCAGCCGGACGCGAAGCGGCUAGGAUUUCCCAAGGACCAGCGUGACCAGGCCGUGCCCCUCCAUCUAAUCUGCGACAACGUGCGCGAUCCGGGGAACCUGGGCACCAUACUGCGCUGCGCUGCUGCUGCCGGCUGCCAGAGCGUGCUGCUCACCAAGGGCUGUGUGGACGUAUGGGAGCCGAAGGUGCUGCGAGCCGCCAUGGGCGCUCACUUCCGCCUACCCAUAAUUCCCAGCCUGGACUGGGGCAAUGUGGCUGGCAACCUCCCGCCUGCAGUCACCAUCCACUUGGCCGACAACUGCAGUACCAGCGACAUCCACCGGGGGGCCACGGGUGAAGUAGAGCCAUCUAAACCGCUGGCCUCUCGAAAGGCGGGGGAUUACGGCUGGGUGAGAAGCCGGUCCGAUUCCACCCAUGCGGCCGGCGCCUGGGAGUCGGACUCUGAUGAAGAGCUUGAGGAUGAGAAGCCGGCAGUGUGUCUGCCUGUGGUGGGCGCCCGCGUGUACCACGAGCGCUGGGCGGUGAGCCACACGGCCCUCGUGAUUGGUGGGGAGACUCACGGGCUGAGCGUGGAGGCCCUGCAGCUGGCGGAGCAGACCGGCGGCCUCAGACUCUUUGUGCCCAUGGUCUCCGGCGUGGACAGCCUGAAUUCCGCCAUGGCGGCUAGCGUCCUACUCUUUGAGGGCAGGAGACAGCUGAUGGAGUCGGACGGUCAGGGUGGAGCAAGGAGUGACUGCUCCUGAUCACCCCAGCCCCCACCACCAGGGCUCAGGCAGUGUAAGGACAACUAAUGCGAACGGGAAAAUAAAAACGCCCGUAUGCUGUGAAAUUUUGAAGCAAAUACAAGAAUAAGACGUUAACUUUGUGGAUGAUAUGGCAAAACUUGCUGACUUAUACACACAUCUCAGACUCGAACAAUGCAUGUUGCGGACUAGAUCUUCCGAAACAGUCUACUGCUAUGCAGUUCUGUAAAUGACAUGCAGUGCAAUACUUUCCGCAAUUCAUUUUUGCUAAUAUAUGGAGAUAUUUAAAGCAACCCUGUGAACAAUCAACAAAGGAACACAAUGACAGAGGAUAUAAUUAACGUUUCGGUCCCCCGAGUCAUCAACAGCUUUCACUUUAUUGUUGUUUUUAUAAUUAGUGUACACAUCUGUGUUCUAAAAAAUGGAAAAAUAAAAACAAUGCUGAUA